AUGUCUUAUCUUGAGCAGCCGCCUUACGCAGUCAGUGGGCCGAGUCUGACCACUUCGGGCGUGGACUUGCUGCUCCCCUUGGUGGGCUACCCGGCCACCCCUCGGAAACAGCGGCGGGAGAGGACGACGUUCAGCCGGGCGCGGCUAGAUGUGCUGGAAGCGUUAUUUGCUGAGACCCGAUAGCCAGGUGUCUUCGUGUGGGAGGAGGUGGCGCUGAAAAUCAACUUGCCCGAGUCCAGGGUCCAGGUGUGGUUUAAGAAUCGAAGAGCUAAGUGCCGCCAACAGCAGCAGCAACAGCAGAAUGGAGGUCAAAACGAAGUGAGGACGUCUCCUGCUCGGGAAGUGAGUUCAGAGAGGAGCAAGCGGCCAGUUCACUCCCCCUCGAGCACCUCAGGCCCAGCCACUGGCAGCAGCCGUGCUCCUGGGUCUGCCUGGAGCCCCGCUUCCGCCUCCCCCCUGUCAGAUCCCUCGUCCACCUCCUCCUCCUGCGUGCAGAGGUCCCACCCCAUGACCUAUACUCGGGCUGCAGGUUAUCGUCAAGGAGAUGCUGGCUCAACUUCCUACUUCGGGGGCGUGGGCUGUGGAUCUUAUUUGACCCCUCUGCGUCACCAGCUUCCUGGGCCAGGGACCACACUCAGUCCCGUGGGUACCCACGCAGUCACCGGCCACCUCAGUCAGCCCCCAGCUUCUCGCUCCACCCAGGGAUAUGGAGCUUCAAGCUUGGGUUUUAACUCAACCACUGACUGCUUGGAUUUCAAGGCCCAAACUGCCUCCUGGAAGCUUAACUUCAAUGCCGACUGCUUGGAUUAUAAAGAUCAGACAUCUUCGUGGACGUUCCAGGUUUGGUGAGGACCCACAGAACCUCUCUUUGUGGGCGGACCG